GUGUGAUGCCAUGCUUUGCCAAGCCAAGCGGCUCCAGCCCGCCUGGGCUUGCUGUGCCACCAUUGGACUUCCCCAGGGGGGGAUGGGUUUAGCAGGCUCUGGCUGGUAGUGGAGAGAUGGGCGUCAUUCUGAAAGAACUGACAAAAAGAUUCGGAGUCAAGGAAACAAAAAGGAAACUCGACAUCAUCAUAGACAUAGUUAUUUGUCGAAGAACGAAGUAGUAGACAACAAGGGCGUCGCAGUAGUCAUUAUCAUUUCUUCAAUUUCUUACUCGAUAAGGAGUAUUUCCAGGCCGAAAAAGAAGUGUCAAGAUGGCACAUUCGGAGUGGUUUGGCGUGUCUGCGGAGAAGAGGCUAAGGAAAUCGAUUGGGCCUUGAACUGUUUUAUGAUCCCCCAUUCUUGUGUUCGCAUUGCUACCUAUAAUCUCCUCGCUGGAGCCAAGGGACUCGCACUCGAAGACGGUAUCACUGCCACAAAAGCCACGCUCUUCAAGAAUUGGUAUACUGGAAACUUAUAUCACGUCAUCUCUGCUUACCUUUAGGUGCUUGAUGUUCAUACACGUUGCGCUCGAAGAUGUUUUGUAAUUGUUGCGAAGCUUCUACGUGAUGUGUCCAACGAUAGAUAAAAUCAAUACACGCUAAGUUUUUGAUUAUGUGUUCAUUUCAUAACGAUGAUCACCUUCAACGAGGCGCAUCUUCCAGGUACCACGAUUACUAUCUGGAUUUCGUUCAUCAUCAUCACCGCAACGAAGAGGACAUCUACUUUCCUUGGUUGAACGGUGUGUUGCAAGCUAAGAAGGACACUGAUGGAGAGGGGCAGCUACCGAAAAAACUGGGUGCCGCCCAUGUUGAACUGAUGGAUAUGAUGGACAGAAUCGAAGCACAGUCGCAAUCUCUGGAAGAAUUCGCAAAAUCAAAAGCAGAAAAAGCAAAAGCUUUGGUACAACUACAACUAACUUCUUGAAUAACCGAAGAACUUACACGAAAAAAGUUGUAGGUUGUAGAUCCUCCACGACUAGUACGUCAUCUUUUUCCCAGUCUGAGAGCAGAAGCAGUAGCAGAACCCUUUUCAGAGCGAUAUGUUCAUUUUCAAUCCUUCGUUCACGUCCAUUUCCUACAAAAUAACUUCGAACAAGUACAACAAGAACUAGUAGAACUAGAAGUAGAACUAUGAUAGAUAUUUAGUUGUAUCUCAAAAAAAAUACUAUCUUGCCCUUCCUGAACAAUCAUCCAGCACGCGGAUUUGCUUGAGCUAGUCGAGAAAUUUUCUGCUUUAAUGAUCGCACAUUUGGAUGAAGAAGAGGUUGUCAUCGUUCCCCUGCUUCGCAAGUAUGCUACGCCCAAGGAAGAAGAAGCAGUGGUGCAAAUAAUCCUCAAGGCGAUGGGCUUAGGUACUUCUCAUUACUGAGAACUAUAUAUUAUUUAUAUCGAAGGCAACCUCACCCAUGCUUCGGCAUGCAACGUCAGAUUGUAACCUUUGUCGCGAACAGCUUCGUAGAGACUUCACUGUAUUAGUAUUCAUAGUCUAGAAAAAGGAGAAGUAUUCCCAUCCGUGUCCCCAUGUUCUGCAUCCGGCUUACUAAAGCAUCACCUUUUUUGUCAUAAUUAAUCAAUCGCACCUCCGAUACUCAUAGGUGGCGCAAAGAUGAGUAUUCCGUGGAUCCUCGACGCUAUGGAUCAAUAUGAUCCGACGCGGGACAAAAAAUUCGUGAAGAGUUUCUAUGCUCAGUUGCCACCGCCCUUUCGCCUGUUCAACAGCUGCUGCUGGGUGAAGAGCUACACCAAAUUUAACAAGAACGUAAUCCAGGGACUAGCAGCUGGUAGGGCAAUACGCGUACCAGCAUGCUGCUGCUGUUAAACAGGGUGGAUGGGCUCUAUGAAAAGAACCGAGCAUGAUUGUGACUCUUUUAGUGCUGUAGUUUCUUGUUGCAUUAGUUGCAAUUCAUGAGGUCGUGUUUGAGCAUGUUUGAUUUCAUUUUCCUCUUAGAAUCAACAAUUUUUUUUUAUCUUGACGAGGGCUAUGGAUGCGGCCAAGAACUUGAGCAACGUCGAUUGAUUCCAAGAAUUGGAAUCUCGAUUUAUAUGCUUAUGCUCACUAGCCUCAGCACUUCUUCAAUGUGUAACCUUCGACAGUAGCGAUUAGCCAGUACAACAACUAGAACUCUCUUUAUUUCUUUGAUCAUGUUCUCGCUGCGUACAUAGCUAGCGCUGGCAGAACGCAAGUAGCAAAAGCUUCGGUGCUGGUACUCCUUAAGAGGUAUUCGAUAUUCUUCCGCUGUCAUUCGUUGAAGUCCUCGACUAUAAUGAGAAUGGCCAAAUGUUAUCCUUUCUCGUCUUUUGACUUUUUUUUUUGAGUUUCUGAUGCUUGAAUAGGUCUGCGGCUUUGCUCCUUAAUUUGCAUCUGAUGAUGAAAGAAGAUGAGGUUGAAGUCGUGACGCCCUCUGUUGUAGUAAGCCAAGCAACGACUCAUCCGCGAACAGUGCAACGUCAGCAAUCAUAUUGCGCAUCACGAUGACAUCAGCAUUUCAGUGAUGUGAGAUGACCCAUCUAGAAUCUAUUGGGAUAAGUACCACGCAUAUUGUUUUUUUUGGGGUAGAUGAACAAGUCUACCGAUGUUAUUCUUACAAGUCUACCGAUGUUAUUCUUACAAGUCUACCGAUGUUAUUCUUGGUGUUAAUAUAUUAUUCGUUUCUUCUUUGGCUUUGGGGUCGAAUUCCAUCUCGUUGUCUUCGUGAUUAUACUUACUAUUGCAGUUGGAUGCCUUUUUUUUAUCAAUCAUUCACAAUCUAAAACUCCAGCAAAACCGAAAUGGGGAGGAAUAGUUGAAGUUUGUUGAUACAUAUUUAGUUUUAGAUACAGACGUUUUAUGAGAUUCAAAGUCGACCCAUGGCCAUGUAACGCUAAAUUUACUUUAUUCUUAAUCGUGAAGAUGAAUUUGAAUACCUUUUCAUUUACUUACUCUCUUAUCCCAACGGUAAGCUCGACGAUCUACUAGGGACACGAAUGCUGGAUGAGUGGAGGUUGUACAGAAAUUAUUGCACAGUGAUGAAUAGAUCAACAAUCGAUACGCAGUAGUUAUCAUUCGUGAGCAUUCUACUGAUGCUAUUUGUAAUAUUGUGCCCCUCAAUAAUGGACUGGGAAGGCCUAAGAAAACUACAGGCAUGAUUUGUAUGAAGAUUUGUUUUUGUUAAGAUUUGAAAACCUAUCAUGUUAUUUAAUGUGAAUGUAUGUUUAAGUUUAUCAGUUCCAGGUUCGCAGUGGCAGUAUUUCGCACAAAAAAUAAUUCUUCAGAUCUCUAUUUUCUUUUUCCAGUAUUAAUAGCAUUGGUGAGCCUCAGCGUUAGUUCGAAACACGACGAUGUCAUCAUCAAUGAAGACACAGGAUUGACAAGGAAUACAUAGGAUUGACAUCAUCAAUGAUCACACAAUGAAUACCCUUGCUGGUGCGUCGAACGAUUCAUGAUAGAUGGAGCGGAUGUGGUUGGAGAGGACUUUUCCAUUCCGCAAGGAACCUCAACCAGCAGAACAGAUUUUAGUCUACCUUCUGGUAUGUCAGUCAUGUAGUUGGAAAAGACGAAAAACCUGGACCAACCUAUCUGAAUCUGUUGGGGAAAAAUGCAUACAUAGGAAGCAACUUAAACUUUACGCUGAGCUGGCUAACUCCUUCGCAAGUGAAUACGCGACACUAGAUAUUGAUCAGAUCAUUUUUAUAGAUUUAUUAAUUAAAGGAAACAAACGCAAAAGCAUUUUGAUCUAGCACAAGGUCAAAAGAUACCUCAAGACCAGGUAAAUGAAUGAAUGAAUGAUACGGACGGGGAUGUUCGAGGGUUGAAACAUCACGCCGUUUAUGAAAAUAAAGUCAAAAGUCGCUAAGCUAUGGAGUACACGUACAUAAUUACACUGUCAGGAUUAAUCAUCUUGUAGUGUGUUCUCCACCUUAUUCAUGCAGCGGUCUAGAUCACUGUAUUGGAAGACCACGUGCUGAUGAUGCGAUAAAAAGAUAUCGCCUCUAC